UCAGGAAGCACGACAUCGGACCCGUUGAUGUAUCACUGUUCUUCUCUGUUUAUAAAYAUGAGUUGUCGUAUUUACAUGGGUCGUUUACCUUAUGGGACGAGAGAAGAGCAUGUGCGGAAGUUCUUUCGCUCUUAUGGUCGGUUGAGGGAGAUCAACUUGAAGAACGGCUAUGGUUUUGUUGAAUUUGAAGAUCCCAGAGAUGCAGAUGAUGCAGUUUUUGAUUGCAAUGGAAAAGAGCUACUAGGAGAGAGAAUACUAGUGGAGCAUUCUCGUGGGACAUCCAAAGGAUAUAGUAGUACAAAGCACUCCAGAGCAAGAGACAAGUAUGGACCACCAACCCGAACUCCAUGGAGAAUGCUUGUGGAAAACUUAUCAAGCCGUGUAUCAUGGCAGGACCUAAAAGACUAUGCACGACAAGUUGGCGAUGUUGCAUAUGGUGAUGCRCACAAGCCAAGACAGGGGGAAGGCAUUAUUGAGUUUCAUUCCAAGCGAGAUCUGAAGAGAGCUGUCAGAAAACUAGAUGGCAGAGAACUGUGUGGUAAACGCAUCAAAAUAAUUGAUGAAAGUCCAAGGUCUCGCUCAAGAUCAAGAUCAGUAAGUCGCAGUAGAUCUAGGUCACGAUCCAAUCAUCACAGGCGUCGCCAUAGCUCGCGCUCUCGAUCACGCUCAAGAUCGCAUUCCUCUCGUAAAUCAAGAUCUCGCUCACCUUUCAAAGAUAGAGGACGAUCGAAGUCUGAUUCUCCUAAACAAUCUGCCUCAAGAUCCCCUUCGAGGUCUAAAACUCGAUCGCUUUCUAAAUCACCGACUAACGAAGAAAUGAAUGAUAAGCAGGAUUGACAAUGAAAACUGUUCCUUAAUCAAAUGGAACUGUGUAUUGUAGUAAUUCCUUCAGUUUAUUCAAUUAAAGUUUAAUUAUGGAUGUGACCA